AUGGCCCAAUUGUCCGAUCAAAUCCUCCUCGAAAUUCUGGCCAAGUUGUCGGAGCCGGAUCAGAACCCGAGCUUGCUAGUCUGCAAGCGGUGGUUGAGCCUCCUGGGCCGGCUUGUGAGGUCCGUGAAGGUUCCGAUCUUGACCCAGGUUGAUCUGGUACUCGGUUCACUGAUCUCGGACCAGAAUUCCGGGAUUUUGCUGAAUCAUGGUGGGUUUUCGGUGCCGGUUGCUUGUUCCGGUCACCGGGUUUUCGAAGCUGACUGUGAUUUGGUUCCUGGUGAGGUUGUGGAUAGAGGGCUUAGUGAGUUAGGGAGUGGGUGCCCCAAUUUGAAGAAGCUAGUUGUGAUUGGGGCUAGUGAGUUAGGGUGGCUAAGUAUAGCAGAAGAGUGUCCAACUCUUCAAGAGUUGGAGUUGCACAAGUGCAAUGACAAUUUGCUGAGAGGGAUUGCAGCUUGUGAGAAUUUGCAAGUGUUGAAGUUGGUGGCCAAUGUGGAGGGGCUAUGUGGUUCUGUGGUUUCGGAUAUCGGGUUGACGAUUUUUUUUUUGUCUGGUAUACUGUGUUUUUUUUGGUAUACUGUGAGCUCCUAG